AUGACUAGCCAUGCCCCAUCGUCGCGUUUUUCUGACGAGGUGGGCGUGUCCCACGAUGAGCGGGGACGAAGUGCAUCGAGGUCGCGCGAUGGUUGCUGGACCUGUCGCGACCGAAAGGCAAAGAAGAGAUGUGAUGAGAAGCGGCCUACAUGCGGAAGAUGUGAGCGCAUGAAGCUGUCUUGCAACUACGCGCCUCGUCCCAAGCUCUCCGAGAGGCGGCGACAAGAGCGACGGAGGGCUGCUGAGAACGCAGCCCGGGUGUCAGAUAUCUCGCAUUCUGUCGGCGGCAAUUCGAUCGGGUCACUCAUCUUGAGACACCAGAACCCAGUUUUCACUUUGAGCCUUCCCGGACCAGCAAUAGGGGCCUGUUCUUUGAUACUGACCGAACAUGACCAUGAGGCAAUACGUUUCUUCAGGACGGCCUUCGCCAAGUUUCACCACACCAAGAACCCCAAAUACUCGCUGAUUUCCAUCAUGUUCCGCAUUGCAGAAGCGGAUGCCAUGGUGAUGCACCUCGUUCUAUCCCUGGGCUAUCGAGAAAUGGAGCUUCGACGCCCCAAUCAAGUCGGCAAAUCCAGACAAACGCCUCUACGGCACUAUUCAUCGGCACUGAGGCUGAUGGCAGAUGCCAUUGUUCAGGACGACCAGUCACAAGACUUGGACACUAUUUUCACAGCCCUCUGGCUGAUGCUGCUGUACGAACAGCAGUUCGGCGAUGCGAGCGGCCAAGGCUCCUCAAAGCAUCUCACCGGCGCUGCUCUGCUACUGCAGCACCAAGGUAGGAGUCUCCUGCCGCUUCCACCGCCAGGACCAGCUUCUGGGAAUACAUCCAUUCUCGCGAAGCAAUGCCAGGGGGGUUCGGGGCUAGGAUGUUUAGUCUGGAUCUCACUCCAAGACGCCGCAGCUGCAUCGUCAGGGAUGGGAGGCCAGUUCAACGCCAACUUUUUCAAAGUGUUGAACGAAAAUGCGGUGGAUCAGGGUUACCCCUCGUCGACGCCAGUUGAGGCGUUCACAAAAUUGCACCGGUAUUCGUGGGGUGAUGGCUACCCACAGUCGGAACUCUUAGACGAUGUCGAGAACAGGAAUGUAUUCGCACUACUUGGGCAGUACCCAGCAGCAGGAGCCCAGCGGGUACCCAGCGUCGACCGUGCGAUCCAGCAGACCGGAGAUACCUUCACCGAGCUGAUGGAGGUGGCCAGUGAAUUGUCACUCGGGACCGAUAACAGCCAUCGACUUGUUGCAAAUAUUCGAAACAUUGUCCCUGUGUACUAUGCUAUCACUCUCGACUUCUUUCGCCUAACUGCCUUUGGCCAGUCCCUUGGGAACCGACAGCGACAUGCCCUACGCGAAGUCAUGAACUUGGCUUUCCAGUCGUUCAAACAUGACGGCGAAGAAGCCAUGACGAGGAUCACCUGGCCGCUGUUUAUUGUAGCGCUUGAGACAGACGACCUGCUGCAUCGUGAUUGGAUUCUCAAUCGAUUUGCGGCUAUCGGCAAGUAUGGAGCGAACUUUGAACGUGCGCACAGGUUCCUGGUCGGUACGCUAGCUGUCCAGUCACAGACCGGGAAGCGUGUGGACGUGAGAGAAUCGAUGAAGAAUGUUGAACACUUCAUUCUCUAA